AUGGGUCCACUUAGAGCAAAAAUGUCUGAUGAUAUUUAUGACGAUGCCUUCGGGACAGAGACUGAAGGAAUGAAGAGAGAGAGAAUGGAGAUGACGGUGGAUAUCUAUGAGAGUGCAGAUCAUGUGAGAGAUCAUGACUUCAGGACAGAGACAAAGAUACAUCAACCACUUCAGCGUACAGGAAGUGAUUCAGAGAGGAUCAGAAGAUACAGAGCAGCUGUAGUGUGUUUUGUUCUGCUGUGUGUUCUUCUGCUGACUGCAGUCAUAGUGCUGUGUGUCCACAUCCACACAAACAACACAAACUACACACAAGAGACACACCAGCUACUAACCAACAUCACCAACCUCACAGAAGAAAGAGACAAUCUACGAACCAACAUCACCAACCUCACAGAAGAAAGAGACAAUCUACGAACCAACAUCACCAACCUCACAGAAGAAAGAGACAAUCUACGAACCAACAUCACCAACCUCACAGAAGAAAGAGACAAUCUACUAACCAACAUCACCAACCUCACAGAAGAAAGAGAUAAACAUGCAAAUCUGUUGAACAAGAGAGACCAGCUAAUAAAUCAGCUUCCAAUUCUUGGUAAAGACGAUCAAUGGAUUUACUAUCAAUUCAGUUUUUACUACAUGUCCAAUGAGACAAAGAGCUGGACUGAGAGCAGAAGAUACUGUACAGAGAGAAGAGCAGAUCUGAUCAUCAUAAACAACAGAGAGGAACAAGAUUUUGUUAUGAAAAUUACUGAUAAAAGAGAAUUCUGGAUUGGUGUGACUGAUGCUUAUGAAGAGGGCAGAUGGAAAUGGGUUGAUGACACCAACAUGACCUCUGGGUUCUGGGCAUCCAGUGGAGAAAUAAAAGAGCCAAAUGGAGGACGUUUAGAGAACUGUGCUGUGACUUAUUUAAAAAAGAACCCUGCUGUUUUAGGGUGGCAUGAUGUUAAAUGUAAUGAUGCUUAUCAAUGGAUCUGUGAGAAGAGUAUUUUACCUCUCAUACAGUCCUAGGAUUUCUUUUUUUUCUUUUUUUUUUGGGACGACCCAGGUUUAACUGCGAAACUUUCAUAACUAAUGAUUAUCAUUUAAAGCUGGGGUGUCCAUUUUUGCUUCUGAAUCGUCACAUUGUGUCUUUGAUAUUUGAUUUAUGAUAUGAAAUAUUUAUUACUAGAUUCCAGGCAGGCGUGUUGGAGCUGAAGUCUUUAGGAUGGUGAUUCUGCAGGAGCAGGACUGAACACUCCUGUUUGAAGAAAAAUAUUUAUUGCCAUCUUGCAUCUAACUUAUCGACUGUGUUGAAAAUGGCCGCUGUAAAAUUGUUGUAGUGUUCAUCUUGUUGCCAGGAUGAUUGUUUUGUAAACUGGAAUGGAUUUAUGAGACAAUAAACAGAUAAGAUUUUAAAACAAUUUCAACUCAUUAUUAAUUGUGUGAAAAGCUGUUGAAGAAGUUGUAUGACUGUACAUUAUCUAUUAAAUAUGCAUCUGCAGUGCGCUAAUGUGUAUCUUGUUUAUCGUUAGCCACUUUCUAGGAAAUAAGCAAAAGCUUGUCUCAGAAAAUGGCAUGGCGUCACUAAAACUGGAUUGGACGGGAUCAUUUUAAGGCAGACCUGAACUUUAAGAAAUAUCCUGGGAUAUUUGCCUUUUGAAAGUAUUCAUUGCACUUAGGGGUGGGCGAUAUGGCAAAAAUAUCA